AUGGAUGCACUCUCGAUCGCCAGCAGCUCCGUGAAGGCGGCGUUGGGGCAGCAUCCCGCCCUCCUCACGCUCGCUGCGAUCUUUCUAUGUCACCGCCUGUUACACAACUUCCGUCGCCGACGCUCGCGAAUCCUCCCUCGAACACGCGAACGCGUGCUUGUCAUUGGCGCAUCCAGUGGGAUAGGUCGCGCAAUCGCCCACGAAUACGCCGCCGCGGGCGCGCGCGUGUGCGUCGUCGGCCGUCGGGAGCAGCAAGUGAACGAGGUUGCGGCGGAAUGCGCGAGCCUGCGUCCGACCCCGACCGCAGGCGGCGCCACUGGAACGUCCGAGAACAUCCUGCACGCUGUGGCUGACUUCAAUAAUGUGGAAGACAUGGUCGCCUUGCGGGAGAAAUUGGAGAACGAAUGGGCCGGGCUUGACACACUCGUCGUGUCAGCCGGAGUCUCUGCGCUCCGCCCUCUGCUGGAGGUCGCGGGAGUGGAGCAGCGUGGUGGCGCAUUCCACCCGCCGCAUGCGGCUGCGGAGGGCAUCAAGCGCACCGUCUCCGUUGCCACCGCCGCGAUCCAGGGAAACUACCUGGGGCCACUUGUCUCCGCUGUCACCUUCAUUCCGCUGCUGUCCGCUACGUCCCCGGCCCCGUCAGUUGCACUCAUAUCAUCCCUCGCGGGAGUCAUCCCCGCCCCCACGCGUUCCAUUUACGCCUCCACCAAAGGCGCCGCGCUCCUCCUCUAUCAGUCGCUCGCGAUAGAACAUCCGUCCGUCGCGUUCACGUACAUCCUCCCGGCCACCGUCGAGGGCGACUUCCGAGCAUCCGCAGUGGACGGCGGCACUGUGCGCGAGGCCGAUCCGAGCAAACACGGACUCAAGCGUGUCGCUGUCGCGAAGCGCUGCCUUAGCGCAAUCGACCAUAAGGAGAAGGCGGUAUUCAUGCCAGCAUUGAUCAGUCGGAUUGGGCACUACCUGUACUGGGUGUUCCCUUCCUUCGUCGAGCGCGCUGCGGCCAAGAAGUACAAUUACACCGCCAAUUAA